UAAUUAUUCUUUGUCCUUCUUUUCUCGAACCUCCUUUCCCUGACAAUUCCACCCACCUCAUCUUUUUAUCCUUGUUUAUAUUAUAUUAUCUUUCUUUUCUCUUGUCUCCAUAGCCAUCGUUGGGAAUUAUUGUUAUAUUAUAACCUAACAGCAGCAGCAGCCGACACCGAGAAUAUCAGAUAUCUGAACUUGGGAGGGACGAUCAAAGUGAGAUUCUAAACACACCCUUUUCAGUUUUGAUGAGGAUACUCUGUGACUCUUGCGAAAGCGCCGCCGCGACUUUGUUUUGUGCUGCCGAUGAGGCUGCCCUUUGCGCAGAAUGUGACACCAAGGUGCACAUGUGCAAUAAGCUAGCGAGUCGCCAUGUGAGGGUUGGGCUAGCGAAUCCGAGCGAAGUUUCUCACUGUGAUAUAUGUGAAAAUGCACCAGCUUUCUUUUACUGUGAGGUAGAUGGGAGUUCCCUUUGUUUACAGUGCGACAUGAUUGUUCAUGUGGGAGGGAAAAGAAUGCACAAGAGAUAUCUCCUGUUGAGGCAGGGAGUUGAGUUUCCAGGGGAUAAAAUGGAUAAUAUCAAGGACCUAAAUGCACAAGUGGUGGAACAGGAUGAGACUGUGAGAGUCCAAAAUGAACAGCCAGGUGAGAAGCAGCAAAACCUGAGGGUCUCAGGAGUAAAAGAUUAUUCAAAUGGAGAUGGCCGUUCUUCUUCUAAGAGGGGUAAUAAAGUGAUUGAUUUGAAUAUCUAGCCUCCACUCUCGCAUUGAAUCGCCAAGCUUUCAAAUAAUCAGGUGUUUAUACUUAAUAUGUUGGGAUUUAGACUUUUCAAGCUCAAGAAAUGAAAUUGAGAUGCUUCCCAUCUAUCCCAUUGGGAAUGACUAUGUAGUAUGUAUUUGCAUUUUCAAUCUCUUACCAUAUAAAAAUAUUUGUGACUGAA